CGGCGGGCGCAGGCCGGUCCCUGGGCGGCCGCGCCUCCGCGGAUCCACCGCUGCCGCCGCCAUGGGCAAGAAACACAAAAAGCACAAGGCCGAGUGGCGCUCGUCCUACGAAGAUUAUGCAGACACACCGCUGGAGAAGCCUCUGAAGCUGGUGCUGAAGGUGGGAGGAAGUGAAGUGACCGAGCUCUCAGGUUCUGGCCACGACUCCAGCUACUACGAUGACAGGUCAGACCAUGAGCGGGAGAGACACAGAGAAAAGAAGAAGAAAAAGAAGAAGAAGUCAGAGAAGGAAAAGCACCUUGAUGAUGAGGAAAGAAGGAAGCGGAAGGAAGAGAAGAGGCGGAAGCGGGAGAAGGAGCACUGUGAUUCAGAGGGAGAAGCAGACACCUUUGACCCUGGAAAGAAGGUGGAGGUAGAGCCACCCCCAGAUCGGCCAGUGCGUGCCUGUCGGACACAGCCAGCAGAGAAUGAGAGCACACCCAUGCAGCAGCUCCUGCAGCACUUCCUCCGCCAGCUCCAGAGAAAAGAUCCUCAUGGAUUUUUUGCUUUUCCUGUCACGGAUGCAAUUGCUCCUGGGUAUUCAAUGAUAAUAAAACAUCCAAUGGAUUUUGGCACAAUGAAAGACAAGAUUGCAGCUAAUGAGUACAAGUCAGUCACGGAGUUUAAGGCAGAUUUCAAACUGAUGUGUGAUAAUGCAAUGACCUACAAUAGACCAGACACUGUGUACUACAAGUUAGCCAAGAAGAUCCUGCACGCGGGCUUUAAGAUGAUGAGCAAAGAGCGGCUGUUAGCUUUGAAGCGCAGCAUGUCGUUUAUGCAGGACAUGGAUUUCUCUCAGCAGGCAGCUCUCUUGGGCAGUGAAGACACAGCAGUUGAGGAGCCUGUUCCUGAGGUGGUCCCAGUGCAAGUAGAAACUGCAAAGAAAUCCAAAAAGCCGAGUAGAGAAGUCAUCAGCUGCAUGUUCGAGCCUGAAGGGAAUGCCUGCAGCCUGACAGACAGCAGCGAGGAGCACGUGCUGGCCCUGGUAGAGCACGCCGCUGAUGAGGCUCGGGACAGGAUCAACAGGUUCCUCCCAGGCGGCAAGAUGGGCUACCUGAAGAAGCUUGGAGAUGGGAGCCUGCUCUACAGUGUGGUGAACGCAGCUGAACCUGAUGCUGAUGAAGAGGAGACACACCCUGUGGAUCUGAGCUCACUCUCCAGUAAGCUGCUCCCGGGCUUUACAACACUGGGCUUCAAAGAUGAAAGAAGAAGCAAAGUCACAUUCCUCUCCAGCGCCAGCACUGCACUUUCAAUGCAGAACAACUCCGUGUUUGGUGACUUGAAAUCAGAUGAGACUGAGCUUCUGUACUCAGCCUAUGGAGAUGAGACAGGAGUGCAGUGUGCGCUGAGCCUACAGGAGUUUGUGAAGGAUGCUGGGAGCUACAGCAAGAAAAUGGUGGAUGACCUCCUUGACCAGAUCACAGGUGGAGACCACUCAAGAAUGCUCUUCCAGCUGAAGCAGAGGAGAAGCAUUCCUGUGAGACCUGCAGAUGAGGUGAAGGUUGGGGACUCCCUGGGAGAUGGUGCUGGCUCUGUUCUAGACUUCAUGACAAUGAAAUCAUACUCUGACGUCUCUCUGGACAUGUCCAUGCUCAGCUCUCUGGGGAAAGUGAAGAAAGAUCUGGAUCAUGAUGAUGGACACUUGAACUUGGAUGAGACAACGAGACUCCUACAGGACCUGCACGAGGCACAGGCAGAACGAGGGGGCUCUCGGCCAUCAUCCAACCUCAGCUCCCUGUCCAACACCUCUGAGAGGGAUCAGCACCCCCCGGGAAGCCCUUCUCGCCUUAGUGUUGGGGAGCAGCCGGAUGUAACCCAUGACCCAUACGAGUUCCUCCAGUCUCCGGAACCUGCAGCCUCCACAAAGAACUAGCUUGCAGGAGGCCUCCAGGGUUUUUCCUAGGUUUUAUUUGCAUGUACAGUUUUCCCUCUGGCAUGCAGCCGCAGCUAGAGAGGGGUGGCUUGUCCGCACUGUCAUGUUGAUGGCAGAGGUGUGAUGCUGUGAGUUCUGAGCAGUGAAAACUGCAUGAAGGGCGUGCAGCCUGAUUGCUCAGCCAUGUGGUGUGCUCCAAGUUCCAGGGUGUGGGUUCAUCUUGUCCGUGUAGUGUGGAUGCACAGUCCAGCUCAAGUCUUCGUUCUGUGAGAGUCCUGCAAGCGUGCUGGGCACAGUGCAAUUCCUAGCAGGCCAUGGAGGGACUACGCAGGAGCCGUGGGGAGUCCCGGGCAGGCCAGUUGAGGCAACUGCUGCUUCCUGUGUUAUCAUUGAGCCCGUGGAGGGAGUUGCUCUGCUGAAAACAGUGAGCUUUACACCUGGUAGAAUGAAGUAUUCAGGGCUGUGAAGCGUUUCAUAACUGGAUGUGUUUACUGGGUGCCUGUUUAUAUUUGCACUAUACUGUAAACAUGAUCCUAAUAAAGAGAUUUCUAAGAUGGGGAGAGCAUGUGAUUGUUCCCUGCCCUGCUGUGAUGUUGGGCACACCUCUGUUGCUCAGACCUCCCUCGUGGAAACAUGAAAGUGAAGAAACCCUGGUCUUCAGGGGCUGAGUACAGAUGAAGGCUCAGUCCUGUGGAUGGGUGGCCCCACAGAGAGCAUGCAGUGCCCAGGCACAAGCAUGACAUUGGGCUAGGAGGGCUGGC